CGCCAUCGUUUGUGCUGCUGGCAGAAUACUAGUGCGGUAUUGCACUUAUAUCUCCUGUUUUGAUUGUAGGUCAGAAGAAGUAGUGCUCAACUACAAUCCUGUACUUUGUUGACCAGAUCUACCCGGCCUGUCGACAAAAACAAUGGCGCUAAUCUCCCUCGAGGAUCUUGACGGAUUGGAGGAUGAAGAGCUGGACAAUGACAUCACUGACAACCCUGAGCCAAUGGAGGAUGACGAGCAGCAGAGGCUGUACACCCAUUGGCAGGCGAUCGCCAGCACACACCAGGUGUCCGUCCCCCGAGAAAUGACAGGACCAAUUCAAGAGCUGACGCAGCGGAACCAAGCCCAAGAGAGAGAGCAGGUCCCCUUUUCCUGCAUCUCUCAGCAUGAAAAGAUGGGCGAGGUGCUGUUUGAGGAGAGGAUGUACCCUGCAGGGAAGUGGGCGUGCAUCACUAAAGGGGAGAAGCUGUACGAGCAGAGCAUCUCCAUGGGCUUUAUGAAACUCAUGAAGUUCAUCUGCAAGGAAAACUCUGUCGGACGCUAUUUGGGAAUGACUGUACCCAUUGUGAACAGUAUCCAAAUGCUGGAGGACGGCAAUGGCUUUCAGAAGGACAUCUUGACGGCAUACUACCUGCCUGCUCAGUUCCAGGCCAACCCGCCCCAGCCAACGGACCCAGACAUCACCAUACUCCAAAGGGAGGCUUUACGAGUCAUCACCCUGACGUUCUUCGGCACCACCACGGAGGAGACAAUCAUGCCUCAAAUCAACCUGCUGUGGGAGAUGCUGGGCCCCAGCGAGGAAAUGCAUCGCAACUCCUACAUGGUGGCCGUCUACGACAACCCUGGGGUGUCCUGCCGCAGAAACGAGAUCUGGUUCAUCCGACGAGACCCCUAAAGCUCUUAUAACAUCCUCCUGUAUCACCCCCCCAAUCCCACCCUUCUGUGCCCCUAGGGUCAUGUUCAUUGGGUGCAAAACAGAAUAAAAGGGACAAACGGGGAAGGACUACCUGGACUUGGUCCAAUAAGCAGCACUCAUUUUUAGUUUCUGGUACAAAAUGUUUUUUUUAUAAACUUUUGUUUUUGCGUGCCAUAAUGAACACAAUCCAGAUGAUUCCUGUAAUGGAGAUGGAGUAUGGAUUAAAAUGGGAGGAAUGGCUCUUGGGUUGGUUUUAGCUGUAAAGAUGACAAGAUUACUUUAAAGAUGGUAUUAGGUAUAUAGUAGGUAUGGAAAAUACUUCUUUAACAUUCACUGAGAUUGUAUGUUUAUGCUCCAGGGGAGCACAAGGAAAGACUAACUUCAGUGGCAUUUAUACCAUAUACACAGCCAAAUAUGGUGUUUAAAAUACAAGUAUAUUGUAGCUCUGUGAAAAACUGUCUGGGAAUUACAAGAGUUAAUGCUUAUAUUUCUGUCAUGUUUUAUCUUUAUUUUAUUUUUCUUGCUUUUUAUGUAACAAAUUAGUGAUCAAAUCAUUGCAAACUAGUGUCACACAAUGUGUGAAACACGUUGUUUUAGAAAUGGACUGAAAUUAAUUUACUUUUUAGAUUUGAGUAAUUUAGCAGAUGCUCUUAUCCAGAGCGAGUUACAGUAGUGAGUGCAAAUGUUUUAAUAUAUUUUUUUCGUAAUGAUACCAUAACGUUUUUCUAAACUAUAAUGGUUGUGUCUUGUGGGACUGUAACCUAUUACUAAAAUGUUGUAUUUGCUGUUGACUAGAGUAGGCAUCCAGGUUUAACUUUAUUAUUAUCCAUAGGUAAUUCUGACAACUUUAUCAUUCAAAGUUAUUUGCUAUGAUAUGUGGGUGUCCUCUUACUCUUAACUGUCUUUUUUCCCCUGCUAGUGAAUUUUACCCACACUCUGCUGCUUUACCAAGAUUUUGAGGCUGGUGUAGUGAUUUUGGGUAUAGGUGUCUGAAAGUAAACAACUGUUCUCAAAUGACUAUCCCCCUUCCCCCAGCCUCAAAAUGAUAGACAGAUAUGUCAUUUGUUACCUUCAGUUGCCACUAGGUGUCAACCAAACAGUAACGUUUGUGUAAUGUUUUUUUUUUGUCUAUCCAUUUGCUUAUUGGUGAGUAACGACUAUCUCACAAAUUAAUAGAUUGGUUUUUGGUGAGGUUAGUUGUAAAUGGAGCUGAGACUGUGACCAGGCACUUUAGAUAUUGAGGAAGGCUCAAGCUUUAAGGCCGUCAUUGUAAAUAAGAAUUUGUUCAUAACUGACUUGCCUUGUUACAUUUUACAAUUAUAAUUAUUUUUAUUUUUUGAAGAUUCAUAACUAUAGUUAAUGAUGGUUGGGGAAUGGAAGUUUAAUUAAAGUGACUUAUGAACAUUUGUUCAGCAUGGCCAAAUGAUGUGCUCUUACUGUGCUUGUCUCUUAUAUAUGCCUUGAAAUGUUUCCAGAAUAAGUGCAUUAGUUGUAUUUGUUUCCAUUCUCCAAUAAUUUGUAUGGUAUACUUUUGAUAUGUUAAAAUUGCACCCGUCCUCUCUUUUGUGACCUUGUAUUUCUAUGCUGUUAUCAAAGCAUACAUUUAAAAAUUGCAGUGUGAAUUUUAGUGGAUUGCUUCAAUUUUAUGGCGACCUGACCAAAUUCACAUAGAAAUGUGAAGAGUUAUAGAACUGUCAUUCUCAUUGAAUGCAAGUCUAAGACGUGGUACGUCUGUUCUGUGUGUUAUUUCUAUGCUUCCCUUCUAAAGUUUUGUUUUUGCCUCUUUUGGUUUUGUACACCAGCUAUAAAUACAAUAUUUUUGGUUAUGGAAAAUAUAUUUCACAGCGGUUUAGAUGGUACAAUGAUUCUGUACACUAUACUUGUUUUGUCUCAUAAAUAGAAAUGUAAAAUUUUAGCAACCAGGAAAUGGCAGAGAGAUUUCUGCAUAGUGCAUCUUUAAACUACUUAAAAUAUUCCCAGAGUAAAUGAAUGGAGAUUUGAUAUACAUUUACACUUAAUGUACAGUGCCUUCACAAAUUAUUCACACUCCUUUUACAUUUGACACAUUUUGUUGUGUUACAGCCUGAGCUAUUUGGUCCCUGCUCUACGCACAAUACUGCAUAAUGUCAAGGUGGAUUUUUUUUUUUUUUUUUUUUUUUUUACAUUUAAAAAUGAAAGGCUGACAUUUCUUAAGUAUUCAAUCCCUUUGUUAUGGCAAGCCUAAAUGCAUUCAGGAGUAAAAAUGUGCUUAACAAUUCUCAUAAGUUGCAUGGACUCUGUUCAGCAUUAGUGGUUAACAUUACCUUUGAAUGAUUACCCUGUCUGUACCCCACACAUACAAUUAUUUUUAAGGUCCCUUAAUCGAGUAAUGAAUUUCAAGUACAGAUUCAACCACAAAGACCAGGGAGGUUUUCCAAUGCCUUGCAAAUAAGGUUACCGAAUGGUAGAUGUGUUAAAAAGAAUUACACUGAAUAUCCCAAUGAGCAUGGUGGAGUUAUUAAUUAGUCACUACAAACAUCCAGGCGUCCUUCCUAACUCAUUUGCACCACUCAGGGAUUUAAAACAGUUACAGAGUUUAAUCUUCAACAUUGUAGUUACUCCACAAUACUAACCUAAAUGACAGAGUGAAAAGAAGGAUGCCUGUACAGAAUAAAAAAUAUUCCAAAACAUGCAUCCUGUUUGCAACAAGGCACUUCAUACUGCAAAAAAAUGUGGCAAAGAAAGGUACUUUUUGUCCUGAAUAUGAAGCAUUAUAUUUGGGGCAAAAACACAUCACUGAGUACCACUUGUCAUAUUUUCAAGCAUGGUUUUGGUUGCAUCAUGUUAUGGGUAUGUUUGUCAUCGGCAAGGAGUAGGGAGAUUUUGGGGAAAAACAUGUAUGGAAUAAAGCUAAGCACUGGCAAAAUCCUAUAGGAAACCUUGUUCAGUCUGCUUUCCAACAUACACUGGGAGAUAAAUUCACCUUUAAGCAGGACAAUAACCUAAAUCACAAGCCCAAAUCUACACUGGAGUUGCUAACCAAGACAACAGAAUGUGAGUGAGUGGCCUAAUUACAGUUUUGACUUAAAUCUGCUGAAGAAUCUAGGGCAAGACUUGAAAAUAGCUGACUAGCAAAGAUCUAUAACCAACUUGAGCUUGAAGAACUUAAAAAAAAUAAUAAUGGGCAAAUAUUAUACAAUGCAGGUGUGCUUAGUUCUGAGACUUAAUCAAGAUAUAUUAGCAUUUUAGUUGACAUAUUUUUAUGUUAAAAAUAUUCUUCCACUUUGACAUUACAUAGUAUUUUGUGUAGAUCAAUGAUGACAAAUCACAAUUAAAACAGUUUCAAUCCCACUUUGUAACAACAAAAUGUGGGGAAAAUAAAGGGGUGUGAAUACUUAAGACACUGUAUACAAUGACAGCUUUUAUAAUCUUUGCACUGUAUGAUUUGUAUUUUUAUGUAAAAUGCAAAUAAAAUUAAAACAAAAAUGUGUG